AUGAUGCGCGAGGAGUUCAGCGCGCUGCUGGCGGCCCAGUUCCCCCACUCCCUGGAGGAGCGCCUCCCGCGCGGCGAGCCCUUCCCCAGCUACUUCGUCGACUCGGAGGCCGCGGUGAACCCCGAGCUGCCUGAAGCCGAAAGGACUGCCGCAUUCCUCGAGCUGGAGCGGCUCUCUGUUCUGGCCCGAUCCAGCGCGAAGCUGCCCACGUGCCUUGCUGACUCAUUGGCUCGACCUGGCACUUGCAUGGCCAAGAAACGCGGCUUCAGGGUUUGGGGUCUGUGCUCGGAACGUCCUUUGCAUGGAUGCUGUUUCGAGCUCCAUAUCUGGCCGCCACGAGAAAUGAGUGCUGAGUAG